CACCGUGCCCAGGCUCUAAGGGAUUUUGAGCUGCCUUUUCACAUGUGUGUGACAUGCAUGUGUUAAAUGUUUUUCACAGAUAUGUUCCUAAAACAUCCCUGAGUUCACCACCUUGGCCAGAAGUCGUCCUGCCAGACCCAGUUGAGGAGACCAGACACCACACAGAGGUCGUGGGGAAGGUGAACGAGCUCAUUGCCACUGGGCAGUACGGCAGGCUCUUUGCUGUGGUGCACUUUGCUGGCCACCAGUGGAAGGUGACCUCCGAAGACCUGAUCUUAGUCGAAAAUGGACCAGACGUUGCAUGUGGAGAGAGGAUUCGACUGGAGAAGGUCCUCCUGGUUGGGGCUGAGAACUUCACGCUACUUGGCAAGCCACUCCUUGGAAAGGAUCUUGUUCGAAUAGAAGCCACAGUCAUUGAAAGGACAGAAUCAUGGCCAAAAAUCAAUAUGAAAUUUAAGAGGAGGAAAAACUACAGGAAGAAAAAAAGUAAGUUAGAGAAAGUCCCACCGGCACCGUGCCCUGGGGUACAGGUGUGUCAGCUGCAUGCAGGUCAUCGGGCGGGGCACAGGUGGGGCUCGGGAGAGAGGGCCCGGGCAGGUCUCAGUGCAGCUGCCGCCGCUCACUGUCCACCCUCUCGUUCUGGAGGGGGCGCCUGAUGGGGCCUGGCCUCACACUCUUUCUCCUCAACUGGCCACACGUGACCUGCUUUGUUCCAACUCGUGACACCUGCCACUGCCCCAGAGCAGCAGUUAAUCCAUGAGCAGAUCCGGUACCGUCCUUACAGGAGCCUCCACUGAAGACAGUCCCCACGGUGGGGCGCCUCAAGGACGGGACCCCACAGGGCCACACACACAAGCGAACAGCUGCAGAAUCC